UAAUACAAAUCUGGUUUAGGUGUUCCUUUAUUUGACUAUUCUGGUACGCAGUUGGGUAAAAAAAAUGAAAGGAUAUUAAAUCAUUGUUUAUCUCAAAUGCUGUGUGUUAAACAUUUCCUAGAAGAUUUGCAUAAUGCAUAUGGUAUUCAUAUAAUAAAUGUUGAUUAUUCUUAUCGUGUGUACACAUUAAAUUUGGUUACUCAAUAUUUUAAAGCGGUGACAUGUUUUCUUAACUAUGGACUUUUACCAGAAUCCAAUGAAGAAGACCCUACUCAGAAAAUUAUACAAUGUGAUUUUACACCUCUUAUUCAAUAUGCAAUUAAACGUCGAUUGGAAUUUGGAGAUUUGUCAUUAUAUCUUAUUGACGCAUUUGUGUCUAAUGAACCUAAAGGCAAUAAAUUAAUUGAACAAUGGCAACACGAAGGCGGUGAAGCAACUAAAGGCUUGUACCCUCCGUCUAAUGUUCAAUGUCUAUUAAGAAUAUAUUUGAAUGCUGCACUUUCAAACCAACUCAAAGAUUUUAUUACAAUUUAUUUUUUGAUUGACGUCUGUUCAUCGCAAGAGAUUGAUCUAAUAACGGCAAAUCGUAUGUGUAAUUUUGCUAUUGAAUUUGAUGUUGAAAAUAAAGGAUUGAAUACACUUUGUCGUGCUACCUGGUUAUUAGAUCAUGACAUGUUUGAAGAAGCUAUGGAUAUCUUAGCAAGUAGUCAUGAAUGGCUGGUGAAUGAUAAAUCUUGGGAUUGGUAUCACUGGACUGUCUUGAAAUUACUUGUGUAUAAAGAACAAUAUUUUUGGGCACGGUUUUACAUGCAACUCACUAAAAUCAAUUUAGUUAACAUAGAUGAUCACAAGUUUUAUGUUAACUUGCAAAUCAUGAACAACCAAUGUUUCGAUACUUUAAUUUAUUUACGAGCAAGACCCUUUAAAGAAAAACAAACUUUGUUUGAAUAUUUCUUUGACCGAUGUAGAGAAACAAACAGAUUAAAAAGUCUGAUAGAAUAUCUCUGGGAUGCGGAUGAAGCAGAAUUAUUUUUUUCUUAUUUGAAAAGGUUUGAUGAUACUGAAACAUUAACUUUUCAAUUGUUAUUUUUGCUACAGCGAGGAAGACAUAAAGAAGCUAUCAAACUAAAUCAAACAUUGAAAGCCAGCCUUAAGUCAAAUAAUAAUGAUGCACUGACAAUUACUAGUCUUUUAGUUGAUGGAUUUGAAAAAAAUAUUCCUAAUAUUAUGAAAAACGAUUAUGGCCGCCUCCCUCUUCAAAGUGUAUAUAAAAAACCAAAUGUUGUUGUGAAAUGUAUGAACAAUGAGAGUAAAAUGUUUUUAAUGGAUAGGAAUAAAGUAAAUAAUUUGGUAAAAAGACAGAGUGCAUCUUUUACACCAUCAAAUUCAAUUGAUCUUUUCUUACCGGCAAAUAAUAGUACAAGGAAGCGAUCACCCAUUGAUGAUAUGAUUUGUAAUGAAAAACGCAGAAAAAUAGAUGAAAAUUUAUUAAGUUCUCCAAACGCCAAUAAUGAAAUUGUAAAACCAAUUGAGAAACAAGUGUUAGAAAUACUCAAUACUCCUUUAGUUGAAAAAACCAUUGCAUCACCAUCUAUUACAAGCUACUCAUCAAUUUUAAAGACAAAAUUUGCAACAAACAAACAAAAAAUAUCGUUUAGUCUUGAUAAGACUCCAAGGUCUUCAAUAAGAUUUAGUCUACCUGGGAAUGCUGACACUACAGUUGAAGGAGUUGAUUUUGAAGAAGUGGUUAACGUACAACAGAUUGAUAAUCCUGAAAAUGAAAGCUUUUACAGCGUCAACAGCAGUGAAGCCAAUGAUUUACCAAAUCAAAUAAUUUCUGAACGAAUACCAUUAACUUUCCAGGAGUCUCAUAAAGAUGAUUUUAAAAUGAAUAUUAGUGAUGAAUAUGAAAAAAUGGAUAUUUCUGAGGAAAAUUCAUGUUCUGGACAUGAACAAAUUAAAAUAGAUGACAUAUCUGAAAAUGAAACGAAAGACGAAGAAAUGGUUUUGAGUUCGGCAGAUGAGUGUCUUCUCUUGACAUCUGAUGAAGAAGAUGAUAAAGAAAUUCCAGUAUCAAAACUAUCACCGAAAAAUACAAGUUUUAAUGAAGACAUUAAACUUUUGACCGCAAAAUCAGUUUCAAAAGAUAAGAAAGAAAUCUUAAAUCAGCAUUUUGCGACCUUGACUCCUUUAGGUGUUGAUAAUAAUUGUCCAAUUCCGAAUAUCCAAGAGAAUUUAAGUAAAAAUGAAAAACCACUGUUUAAUGAUGUUUCUACUGCCUGCUUAAUACAGAACACAAAUUCUAAUGAGCAGCGCCCAGUAAAAAAAAUAAAUGAAGAUAUUGAUUGUAUUUUAUUAGAUUCAGAUUCAGAUGAAAGUGACAUUUUAUCUGUAGGUUCAUCAAGAAAAAAAUUAUCAGAUGACAGUAUUGUAUCAGAUGGGAGUGUUAUAACAGAAGGCAAUAUUGGGUCAGAUGGCAGUAUUAUACUAUCAUGUGGUACUAAUGAAUCAGAUGGCAGUAUUGUAUUAGAUGACAGUAUUGCAUCAGAUGAUGGCAGUAUUGCAUCAGAAGACAGCAGUGACUUAGAAAACACAAGAUAUGGUAGAUUUAAAUCUCAAAGAAGACAAGGUGGUGAUGAUAGUUAUGACGAGGAACUCGAAGAAGAAUAUAUUGAUGAACAAGAAGAAGAAGAAGAAGAAGUCUAUGAUGAAAUUGAAGAGGAAGAAGAAGAAGAAUGUGAAAUUGAAGAGGAAGAAGAAUGUGAAAUUGGAGAGGAAGAAGAAGUAGAAUGUGAAAUUGAAGAGGAAGAAGAAGAAGAAGAAUGUGAAAUUGAAGUAAAAGUUGUAGACAAAAUUGCAAAAAACGGUGGAGAAAUUGAAAUUGCAGAAGAAGGUAAAGAAGAAGAAGAAGAAAUUGCAGAAGACAACGAAGAAGAAGAAGGUGCAGAAGAAGAAAUUGCAAAAGAAGGUGAAGUGGACGAAAUUGUGGAAGAAGAUGAUGAAAUUGAAAUUUAUAACAUUGACUCAGAAGAAUCUGAAAGAGAAGAAAGUCCAAAACAAUGUGAAAACAUAUGGGUAAGAAAUGAUGAAAGUGAUUCAGAACUUAAUAGUGAGGUAAGCAAUGAAAGUAACUUAGAACAUCCUUGCAUGGACGAUUUAGAUCAACAACACAUUAAAUUUGAUGAAAAUGAAGAAGAAAAAAUAAUAAAUAACUGUGGCAUAACAUUUACUGGAAAUGAAGAGAUGGGAUCUGAAUAUAAGGAUAAGAGAUAUGAAAACGAUAAUGAUGACAAUAAGUCGGGGCAUGUUGUGUUUAUUAAUCAAAAUGAAGAAGAAGAUUUAGAAGAUCGGGAAGACUUUGAACGUGUUGAAAAUGAAGAAUAUCAUUCAGAUAAGCUCGCAGAUAUAUCUUAUGAUGAAAAUUUUGACAAUUUAGAAGAACCUGAUGAAGUAAGUGACGUUAUCCAUUCAGAAGAAUCCGAUUUCAUAAUUAAUGAUGCAAGUGACGAAAAUAAUUCAGAAGAACCAGAUGUUACAAUUGAAAUUGAAAAUGAAGAAAAUUUGAAAGUACAAAAUGUACUUGAUGAUAAAAAUGAAGAACACAACUUUGAAGAACCAAAUGGCAGCAUACAUGUUGGCGAAAAUAAUGAAAAUUUAGAAGUACCUAAUGUUAUAAUCGAUGAUAACACAAAUGAACAAGACAGUGAAGAAGUACAUUCCAUACUUGAUGAUGCUAGUGAAGAAAAUAGUUCAGAGGAACCAGAUAUCUUGGAUGUUGCAAGUGAUGAAAACAGUUCAGAGAGACCAGACGUCUCGCUUAAUGUUGGAAGUGAAGAAAACAAUUCAGAAGAACCAGAUGUUACAAUUGAAACUGAAAAUGAAGAAAAUUUGAAAGUACAAAAUGUCCUUGAUGAUAAAAAUGAAGAACACAACUUUGAAGAACCAAAUGGCAUACUUAUUGGCGAAAAUAAUGAAAAUUUAGGAGUAUCUGAUAUCAUACUUCACAAUGAAAAAGAAGUACACAAAUCAGAAGAACCAAAUGGCAGCAUACAUGUUGGCGAAAGUAAUGAAAAUUUAGAAGUACCUAAUGUUAUAAUCGAUGAUAACACAAAUGAACAAGACAGUGAAGAAGUACAUUCCAUACUUGAUGAUGCUAGUGAAGAAAAUAGUUCAGAGGAACCAGAUAUCUUGGAUGUUGCAAGUGAAGAAAACAGUUCAGAGGAACCAGAUGUCUUGGAUGUUGCAAGUGAUGAAAACAGUUCAGAGAGACCAGACGUCUCGCUUAAUGUUGGAAGUGAAGAAAACAAUUCAGAAGUACUUGAAUAUGCAAGUGAACAAAACAGUUUUAAAGGGACAAACGUCAUACUCGAUGAUGAAAGUACUGCAAAUAAUUUGAAGUUGCUUAAAACUCUCAAAAAUGAGAAAACAUCAGAAAAUAAUGAACUAGUUGACAGUAAUAAAAUAGUAUAUCCUAUUGACUCACAAUCCAAUUCAUCAGAAAAUCUUACUCCUCGUUUGUAUAAUGUUGCUCAAGAGACCCAUUCAAAUGAUAACAAUCAGAUAUGUGAUGAAGAAAAUGAAAAUUCUCGUAGUAUUAUAACUGAAGAUGACAAUGAUUCAUGUGUGGUAGAAGACAAUGAGAAUGUUAUUGAAGUAGUUGAAAAUACAGAUAAAGUAAAUGAGCCUAUGAAUCUUGAUGACAUUGAAAACAAUAAAGAUGAUUUAUCUAUUGACCAGAAUGAAGAUAACCAUUGUGAUGAAUAUACAUCUGCUAAUAAUGAUCAUUCUUUUGAAAUGUUCAGAAACGAAUCUAAUCCCAUACCUGAUGAUGGAUUUAAUCAUCUUACAAUGCCUGGAGUUGAAGAAGACCAGCUAGAAAUGGAUGUUAAUCAAUCUACUCCAUUUAUGUUUGGGGAAUCAUUUUUUGGUCAACAAGAAACUCCCGAGAAGAAGCCCAUGCUUCUGUUUGGCCACUUAUAUUCUUUUGAAAAUGAACAGUUGAAUGUAGAUGUACAAGCCGAUAAACUUGAAACCCAAGAGUCAGAUAUGGUUAACAGUGGAGUUGAUAUUACUAAUAAAGAACCAGAAGUUGAAAUAGAGGGUGAAACUCAAGAUAUAUUAGAGCUAGAAUCAUUACCUGAAAGUAAUCCAGACGACAAUUUUGAUACACAGAACGAUACAGAUUCUAAUAAAUUAAGACCUGAGUGUAAAGAAUUUAAAGAAACAUUUCAUGACAAUGGACAAACUGUCUUGUCAAGUGAUUCCCCUCAUCUAAAGCCUAUAUAUUUUGGAAAUAUUGAUUCCGUGCAAAUAUUUGAAAAUAACGAGCAAACUCCUAGUACAAGUAUAGAUUUAUCCAAAAAGUCUGUGGAACUGAAAAAUAAAGAUUUGACGAGUAAUGAAUGUUGUGACUUACUUAAAAUCAAACAAGCAAACCCAUCCAUACCAAACGAAUCAGAAGAACAAAUAUGUAAAACAGAUACGGUUCCAACUAAUACGGUUGAAAACUAUACUACAAAUUCUGUAAAUACAAUGGAAUCUGAAAAAUCAUCUUAUGUCGUUGAAGAUGAUGAAAAAAUCUGUCCUAUAUCCCAAAGAAGCAUUACAACAACAUCUGAACCAAUACAAUUGAUGGAUAUCAACAUACAGGAUGCUAAUUCUAAAUGUGCUACAUCUGUUGUGUCUUAUUCAUCAAACAUUGAUCAGUUUAAUGAUUUCAGUGAUAAUGAUCAGUUAUUAAAAAACCAAAAUAUUAAUGAAAACAUCAAUACUAGUUUAAAUAAUGAAGAAAUAGAAUCUCAUCAAUCAGUCAAAUUGAACAUCCAGGAUGCUGAAGAAGUUCAGUCUAAAUGUGCUACAUCUGUUAUGUCUUGUUCACUAAACAUUGAUCAAUUUGAUGAUAUUGGUGAUAAUGAUCAGUUAUUAAAAAAAAUAAAUAUUAAUGAAAACAUUAAUACUAGUUUAAAUAAUGAAGAAAUAGAAUCUCAUCAACCAGCCAAGUCUGUACAAAAAUGUAUUGAAUUGGAAACAACAAUUGAAACUGUUGGUCCACAUUGCGCAGAUGCUUCUGUUAAAAUUCAAAAUGUAGCAAAUGAAAAUAAAAUAAGUUUAGCUGAAAAUAUUGCAGAAUUAGGUAAAUGUUGUCAGAAAAGCAGUCUGAAUAUCCCACGAAUUGAAAACUAUAGUUUGCGUUCUUCUUCAAGAAGAAGUAUUUCAAAAACAACGGAAUGUUUAUUGGAUAUUCCUUCUACAACAGAACAAAAAUUAACUCUUAAUAAAACUAAAUUGUUAUCUGAUCCAAUUCAAGAAAAUAAAACAAUUGUAAUUGAUCAAAUUAAGAAAGCCAAAUCGAUUCCAUCGGUAGACAUUACACCAAUAACAACGAGAUCGAGAGCUAAAAGUGAACCCAAACAAAUACAGCUAGACCCUAUUUCUUCAAAUAUUUUCCGUAGUUCUGGAAUGGUUGAAGAUAACAGUAGACAAGUAAGGGUGUCAUUAUCAAAAAAGAGAUCAAAAAGUCAAGAAAACAUGUCAUCGAUAAAACGUAGAAGUGGACGAUCAAAAUCUUUAGCUCCUGCAGAAAAUUCAGAAGCUAAUAAGAGGAAAACUGUGUUUGGCUUAGAGGAAAUACCUGAAGAAGAUACUCCAAAUACAGAUACAAAUAUCAUAAAAACUGAACGUACUGCAUUAAAAAAAAAACCAAAAUUCAAUUUCUUAUCUAAUUCAUCAAAAAAAAUAGAAUAUGUUAAUUUAACCCCAAAAUGUCAACAAGAUACAAAAAUAAGAACUCCAAGAAGAUCUAAAUCACUCCAGCCAGACCCUGUUUUAACAUUUUCUGUUGUGAAAACAAAACCAAAACGAAGUUCGAGUGUAAAUAUGUUAAUUUCAAAUGAUGAAAUUCCUACUGAAAAAGACGAUUUAAUGGGAGUUUUAAAAAAAGCAUUAAAUCCACCAGAAAAAGUAAGAAAACGUUCUGUGACAGAGUCACUCAGGAGUAGAAAAAAACAAAAAAUCCAAAAUCAAGUUGAGGAAGUAAAAAAAGAAGUUGCUGGAUCUAAGUAUAAUUCAAAUGAGUCUAAUCAAAGUUAUCAGAUUUCUAAUUCCUCUUAUUCUUCUGAACAAUUAUCACCAAUUGUUGGGAACAUUUCUCAGCAUAUGUUGUAUACUCCAGCAAAGAAACGAACUAAAAUACGUAUGAACUUGGAUUCUGAAAAUGAAUAUUCUUCUUCAGAUCAAUCAACAGAUUCUAAUCGAAUUAUGACCAGAUCAAUGAUUCAAAAUUCUAGCAUUGUAGAAUUAGAUCCUAUUCACCGUACACUAAAGAGUGAAAUCAGGCCAUCAAAAGUACCCAUCAACAGGCCAAGAAGAAGAUCGUCUUCUGUUAGUAGCAUACCCGAAAUUAAAACUCCAAAGAAAUCCGCUUCGUCUGUCUUUGAAAAGAAUGAAUUAUUAUUUUCUAAGCGCAAAGCCAAACAUAAUAUUAAGGAACCAAUUGUUCACGCGCCAAUAGAACCAUCAAUUGAACCACCUUCUACUUCAGAAAGACGUAUAACACGUUUUCAACAAUCAAUAUUAGAUAAAUCAUUACAAUCCACAUCUGUUAUUGGACAAGAUACGACAACUAAUAACAUCACUGUGCCAAAGCAAGAAAAGAAAAAAGUUACUAAAAAAACUAUAUUAUACGAUAUAUAGGUAUAUCUAUGUUAGUAGGAAUAUGUCUUAAUUUAUUAUUAAUAAUAUAAAAAAUAGUAAAGCAGAACCUUAAACUUAGAUUCUGUCAUAUGUUCUUAUUAUUCAUAUACAUAUUAAAAAUUAAAAAUAGUUAAGAUUUUUACCUAAAUGUG